CAUUCAGUUACGAACUCUCUUGCCAUCGCGAUCGUACUACAACGCUAAAAAAAAGUGGGGACUGAAACUAAAAAAAAAAUUGUUGAACCAAAAUUAAUUUUUAUUAAUUUCGGCUUUUCUGUAAAAUGGGGAACAUGAACAAAUCCUUCGUGUGCCUCCUCAUCGUCCUCUUGGGGGUGGCAGCUUCUUUUGCUGAUGAGGGGCUUCUCCGUAGAUACGCUAGAACACCCUUAUCGCCGAAAGUAAACUCCGCAAGCGAUCUCUCCCCGAGAAUAUUCAAGCGAGCUGUGAGUUCAAAACCAAGAGAGAAUAAUCCACAUCAUGAAUCUUCAACUCCUUCAAAGAUCGACAAUUCUAUUAACGAGGUCAUACCCACAGUCGCUGCGUUGAUUAGUACAGAUUCAAGCAUCAGCACUUUGGAGGAUCUGAAAACAACUCCUGAAUCUACCACACCAAUGCCUACGGAAUCAUCCAGCUCAACUACAAAAUCUGAUUCAGAGCCAACUGCUUCAGCAAGAAUAACUAAGAGCCCUUCUAAGAUCAAUUCAAAGACUCCUUCAAGAACGCCUGGAAGUGAUGCAAUCACAAAGACCAUUUCAAACAAUCCUUCUCAACCAACAACCCUUCCGAAUACCAAUAUUAGUCCAUGUCUGGAUAGUCUUGCUUCCGAAUCUAUAAACAAAUUCACUCCACCUCGCCAGGUUGGAUCCUUCAGUCAGUCCUCUUCUGGUCCACAUAUAAAUGGAGGAUCAGUUUCUAGUGGUGGAGUAAUUUCAAGUGGUGGAUCAUUUCCUAGCAGAGGAUCAUUCCCUAAUGAAGGGUCUUAUCCAAAUGGAGAACUUCCAUCUAGAGGAUCGUUUCCUAGCGGAGAAGCUUCUUCAAAUGUAGGACCAGCUCCUAGUUUAGGAAAACCUAUCAAUGAUGCUUCUAAUCCUGCCUAUGGCUUUCCGCCACGAAUUCCUUCUGCACAAGGUUCUUUUAGUCAAUCCUCGUCUGGUCCACAUGUUAGUGGAGGAUCAUUUUCUAGUUCAGCAAUAUUCCCUAAUGGUGGAUCAAUUACUAGUGGAGGAUCUUAUCCAAAUGGAGGAUCUUAUCCUAAUGGAGGAUACUAUCCUAAUGGAGGAUCACUUCCUUCCAGAGGAUCAUUUUCUAAUGAAGAAUCAUCGCCAAAUGUAGGAACACCUCCUAAUGUGGGACCCCUUAACAAUGUUGCUCCUUAUCCUGCCAAUGGCUUCCCAUCACGAUUUCCUUCUGCACCAGGUUCUGGAGUAUAUGGUGCUCAAUCUGGUCCCAACUUCCCAUCACCUCCUGGUUACUCUUCCCAGGAAUUCUCAUUCCCAGGAGGCUCUGGAUUUACAUCAACUUUCAGUUCCGGUCCUGGAAGCUUCUCAAGUGCUGGAAGCUUCGCUGGAGCCGGAGCAUCCACUGGAUUUGAUGGUCCAACAUUCUUAAACCGAGGAGGAUUUGAAGAAUAUGGUCCCUCAGAUUUUGGAAGUCCAAGUGGACCAGGUGCAAGCCCAUACCCUCAGGGUCCGUAUGGCACCAACAAUGCGGGAGCUUUUCCUUACCAGAAUGGACCAUAUUUUGGCAAUGGAUAUGAAAUCCAACAAUCUUUUGAUCAGUAUUUCAGAAAUUUGCAGGCACAACAAGAUGCAUUCCAGGCACAAAUUAGACAACAGCAACAAUCUGAUCACUAUUCCUGGGCAUCCUCAAUGUCUUACAUAACCAACCCUCUAGGAGUGUCAGAUCCGAAUGCUCGUGUUUACGCGUAUUCGGAGAUCUCACCGGAUGGGGCAAUAGCUUCUUCACAUGUUGACUCAAAACUGGGCUAUGGCAUCUCUAAAAGCUCCGUUAGUGGGAAUAGUAUUUUUGAAAUGAACAAUCGCCUGGGCAAUGGAUCACCAUAUGGAGGACCUCAAUCUGCUUCAUCCAGUAUAAGUGUUGGACCCCAAGGAGGAUAUCAAACUGGUCAAAUAAGCCCUGCCGCCCCAGGAAUCUUCUCUCGAUUUGCCGAAAGCGUCCCACCACUAUCUGGAAACAGUUAUGGAGUUUUUAGUUCUUCAAGUUCUCAGACAGGUGUUGGUCCAGAUGGAAAACAAACGAGCUUCAAAUCGGCAACCACUGGAGUGAAUGACAAUGGAAAAGUUACUUACCAAACUGUUCAUGACCCGUAAUUUCAAAAAUAAGAAAUUAAAUAUAAAUUGUAUUACUUUUAGUUUAAUGACUCGGUUCAGCAAUAAUAAACAUCGUGCCUUAAAUGUA